AUGGCAGAGCUCCAAGAUACCCGGAAUGGCCUCCGUGGCCUGUAUCAAGAUCUCUCUGCUCUUUCGAACUCUCAACUCCCUAACGUCGAUCGCUUGUGUUUCGAAUUGGAGACCCAUAUUCAAGACUUCCGCAAACUCCUAGACAAGCCAGCGAAGAACAAUGCCAGCCGUCAAGCUGUUCUCUCAGGGAAGAUCACCGUUGCCGACGUUGAAUACUCGGUGAACCAGGAUUUCCAACAAGGCGCAUUGCAACUUGCGGAUGCGCUCGACAUCGAUGAAUUGGAGGCAGCAGUUAUGUUUCUGGCCGCCCAGGAAAAUUCACAAGCGCUGGACAGGCCCCCACUGAUCGCUGCGAUAAUAAGCUUCCAUGAGCGCCGCCAUUUUAUCCUCGAGUGUCUACGUCUCGUCUUCCGAGAAUCGCGCGAAACUGAACAUGAAACGACCCACCCUAUCAUGCACGAAACAUUGGCCCACGUUCUGGAAAUAAAAGACAGCCCUCUGCGGAAUGCCUCCCUCUUCGCGCGAAAAGCCUUGAGCUCCAUGGCCGACAUCCAGAAAUGGCUGUCGCUUCUUGGAGAUCAAGUUCAAAAAGCCUCAGUCGUCGGCCAGGAAAAUGACCGCGAUAUCAUGGAAGCCAUUGAAUUCCAACGUUCGAGCCUGCAACAGCAGCAUGAGUCACUCGGAGCAAUCCUAUUCUAUAUGUUCAAAGGGACAUACACAAGCAGCGAAGACUUCCGCAUACUUGUGAGUCAGUUGAAAAACAUUGAUCGCUUCGACGGACUUUUGUUUCACUACAUUCCAGUCACAAUUGUGUCUUUUGUACAACAUGGUUCUCCUGAGGGCUCUGGAUCCGAGAAGGAGGCACGAGACCUGCACAAAUUAAUCACUACAUCCAAGGAUGGCCAAGGUUGGAAGCUGUCAAAUUUCCACGCCGCCCUUGUUGCUCUGUGGCUCUCAGUCUACAGUGGAUGGUACUUUGAUGGUCUUUCAUCCCCGUCAGUCGACGCGGAGAAGGAAUCCGAAGAGCGUACGAAGAUGUUCAUGUCUUCUCUCGACGAUGGCGCCCUUGAUUUCAUGCUUGCAAUCUGCUCCAGCGUCAACACCGAGGAAUGGGCGGACCCUGCGCGGAGCGAAUUAGUGACAUUAUUGCUCAGGGAAAGUGUCGUAUCAUUGCCUGAACCCGAGCCAUGCUCUAACUUUAUGAAAGAGCUUUUGAUGGAAAACCUCGAGGUUUUCGUGGAAUCAUGUGUUGCAAAUAUGCCUGACGCGGUCCGACGACUGAAGUCCGAAGAGGACUCACAACGACUGGACCAGAUCACCGCACUCAGAGAUGGCCUCACUUCCAACCUCCACCGUGGCUUGGUAGAGGUGCGAACUCACCUUGAGUCCCUUCUUAUGAUCAUCUCAUUCGCAUUUGAGCACCGACAAGAAGCCGCCCAAGAAUUUUGGGCUGAUCCUGAUGGGAAUCUUUAUGGCUUCCUUCAGUGGGCGUCCAAACGACAGACUGUUCCUCGUGUCAGCGCUUUUUGCGAAAUGCUAUGUUCGAUAUCCGAAGGUGAAGAAAAUGCAGCAGCGGCGCAUCGAUUCCUGUCGGAGGAAGACAAGUUUAUGGCUUCCAAGUUCAAGCGAUCCACAACAAUGAAUUGGUCGCAAAUGUUCGCAGAGCUAAAGCUUUACGCAUCUCGGGUCACUGAGAAGCCGUCCACUACUACAAGCCCCCAAGGGCCGCCAGGGAUCUUUCGUCCGCGGAAACCAGAGCCCGUGGAAAUGAACGAGCCCGAGAGCCCAGUGAUGCUGACAUGCUACCUUCGGCUGAUAGGCCACCUGUGCAAGCAGAGUCGACCUAUCCGAGAGUGGAUGCUGCAAAACGAAUCCUUCAAUGUAGUUAGCACUCUGUUAGACCUGUGCAGUGGGCCGAUUCCAUCGCAUCUUCGGGCAACUACCUUUUCAACUCUCUCAGCAUUGAUGACUGACAAACUCUCCACCGUUGGAAAGGAAACGUGGGCCCGUCUCGAUGGGUGGUUAUCGGGAGGCACCGGUGCGUCCGGCAUUGGCAAAGUACCUUUGGUUUCCAACCCUGCCGUCUGGCACCAGCAACAAGCCUUGCAAAAGAUCGGAGAGAGCUUUGACCAGACGAAUGCAUUUGUCGUUCUUAUCAAUGCACUUACUGCGCCCUCGUCCGACUCAAUUGACGACCCAAUGUCACUGCCUUUCCCGGAGACCCUAGGUGGAACUUAUCGCAUGUCCGGGAUUGAACCUUACAUCGAUUUCAUCUUGGGGCAUGCCUUUUCACGGAAGAUUCAAGAUCUUAACGAGUAUCAGUCCCGCCUGUUGACCUUCAACUGCCUAGACUUCGUUGUGGCAAGCUUGAAAUCCUUCAAUGAAGACCUAGUAUUACUUCUGAGCCAGCCGUCCGUGUCCGAUUCUCCGACGCAGACUUCAUCGCUGCUCACCUACGUUCGCUCGCACCCAUUUGCCCGUGUGGUGGACUGGCUUUUCAACGAAGAUGUACUCAAAUCUCUGUUUGCAACCUCUAAACAAGACGUUUGGGACGUUGCUACCGCGUCGCCUGACUCUGUUCUGGUUCUAACCUUGCACCGGAGUCUGGAGGUUAUGAACUUGCUCGUGGACAUGCAAUCGACAUACUUUAACAUUGUCAAGCCUUUGGUACACUCCCAACCCGUACCCUCCCGGACCAUCGUGGCAAACUCCUCCCUCGCUUCAUUCGAGGACACCGUGCUGAACAAUCUGACACUCAUCCCGUCACUCUGUCUCUAUUGUGGCACAGCGCAUGAACAACUCACCGUCAUUUCCAUGGCUUUACUGGAAAAGCUUACUAGUUCCAGAAAGCUCAAUAAGAUGACUUCGCCGGAACUCGUCAAGUGGCAAUCUUCGAACAAGAUUGUGGAGGUGCUUGCGUCUGAGGUCGAUGUGGAUAGUAUAUCCCUGCCUCUUGUGUUACAAAUGGAACCCGACGUGAGAGAACUUGAUUUCGGCCCGAAUGCUGCCGGCUAUGUCAUUCGAGAAAGCCUUCUUGCUCUUUUGAACAGCUGCCUGGGAACGAUCACAGACCGCCCAACGGUAGCCCAUCUGCUUCUGGGCUUCGACUGCGUGGGCAACAUUCUCGAUGUGCCAUCGGAAGGGCUAUUCGCGAAUCAAAGUUCCUUGCUGCAUGCUAUCGUGAAUUUCCUAAAGGCUUAUCCGGAGAUCCUCGAUGGUGGUAUUAUAUCUUGGGUAGUGCACCUCAAACGUAUGGCUUUUGAAGUGCUGAAGCAUUUGUGGUCAUCGAAGCUAGCAAGCUACUACACCCUUGGUGAAAUGCGUGCUCAGGCAUUCCUGCGCGAGAUGUUUGCCUACCAACCGAUCAUUGGCCCGAGCACUGCCUGGAAUGGAUUCCUUAUUGAUUCAGAGGAAUUUUGGCUCACGGACGCUGCCACUGCCAUGGCAGAAUUCCUGCUUUAUCGGAGUCACCUCUUCACAUAUGCCGCAACUGAGGUUCGCUCGACAGCAAAGGCUAGAUCACCGGCUCUACAUGCCCAAAUUCUUUCAGUGUUACUCGGAAACACGCUUGCGGAUAACGGUGAACCAAUAUCCAGUCCGUCCGUGUUUGAUCUUUUCGAUUUCGCAGAUCUUGAUGUUGGACGCGAGUUCAACAUGCCCCAGCUCUCCUUGCUCGGUGAUGUCGCCCUUCAAUUAGAAAGCAAGCGGGAGGAGGGCGUGUACAGCAUGGAAGGGGUAGAGGAGAUGAUACAAAUGCGGAGAGCAGAACUCACGGCCAAUGGACCGCUCCGCCCGCCUGAUGAGGAGCGGUUGCUAGCUGAGGCCAAUGACCUGAAGUUGUUCAUUCUUGCAACAAAGCAGAACAACCUGAUUCAAACCAAUCGCUAUCACGCCCUCCGUUCCUGGGUAGAGCUCGUUGCUACGAUGAUCACUUGCUCUGCUAUCGAUGAAGGAAGCAGGCCGGCUUUCAUUUUACAUUCAAUCCAAUUGAUUCUCCCUAAGCUCACAACGGCAAUCGAGGCGGAUGUUCCCGAAGCGCUUGAACUGGCACGAUUGGCUGAAUUAUUGAUCGGCAGACUUCCAUCCGAGCCUUCGGCAACAGAUGCGUCUCGAAGCGGGGAUGUCAUCGACGAAAAGCUCCACCAGCUCUUUCAACUCUGCAUUCGAGGUACCAACCUGGCAACAGGAAAUGUGUUGUUGAGAGAAACGCUUUACAGUAUUUGUUCUCACUACAUAACACGCAUCACAUCGUCGAACAAGGGCCACGAAAACCUACGACGUCUUAGCCAACAUGUCAUCAAAGCGGCCGGUUCUAGCCUGAUUGAGACCAUGUGCGAUGACGCCUAUACUGGCCAAGAGUCGUGCCGCGCAUCCGCCCUUGUGUUAUUGAACAGUUUAGCUGUUCUAGAUCGCCAAACUGAUUGUGUUUUGGCUGAGUUAAUCUCGAGGUCCAACUAUUUGAGUCUAUUCCUGGAUGCCUUGCGGUCUCUUCCCGUCGAACUUCACAAUGCUCAGGGAAGCGACACCCCGGCGUUACUGGCAUACUAUGAGUCGCUUUUAUUAUUACUUCAGCGGCUGUCUCAAACCAAGGGUGGAGCAAAUUGUGUGCUCAACUCUGGUCUAUUCCAAGCCGUGCACGAAUCACGUCUUUUCGCUGCUGAUCCAGACAUCGGCAUUGACAUUGAAAAUCCCGAUGCCCUCCAGAGGUAUUACGAUCUUCUCCUUUCACUUCUUCAGGUCAUCGUGUACGCGGUUUUCUCUCGAGGUAUCCACAACGAACAACUUAAAGAGCAGACUCGUAUGUUUUUGGCUGAAAACCGGCUAUGCAUGGUGGGUAUCUUCAAACGAUCUGCCAAGAUCGGAAAUACAUCAACCGCCCACCACGAGACUCUAUGUGAACUAGUCAAGACAUUCAUGGCUCUUGUUACUGCCACAGAUUUCAUGGAGUUUGAGGAGCAGGAAGUCCAACAUAUCGCCCGACCAGCGUUGUUCUCAUGA